AUGCCGCAAGAAACGCUCCAGCCAACGCCAGGGGGUGGCCUUUGUAUUGCAUGGCAACUCCGCGGAAAGCCUGUGCUACUGAUUGGCGGUGGUGAAGUAGCGGCAAGUCGUAUCGUGCAUCUGAAGAGUGCUGAUGCGCAUAUCACAGUGCUAGCGCCACGCGAUGGACUGCAUCCAGAUGUAGAAACAUGGAUCAAGACAGGGGUCAUCCAGCGAUAUAUUCCCGCUUUGUACAAAGAUACAUCACAGCUUGUGCAAGACGAUGGAAGCGACUAUACCAUGGUGCUCACAGCGAUUGAUGAUGCUCAGCUUAGUCAUGGCGUCUGUCAAUGGUGCCGGGAACGCCGCAUCCCCGUAAAUGUGGCAGACGUGCCACCAGAGUGCGAUUUUUACUUUGGCUCCAUGAUCCGUCGUGGUCCAUUGCAGGUCAUGGUCUCUACGGGCGGCCGUGGCCCUCGUUUAGCGCGUAAGAUGCGCCAGUGCAUUGAGGCUGCGCUCCCUGAACGGGCAGGCGAUGCUAUUAUGCAAGUUGGCAUGCUACGUUCAAAGCUCCGCCACGUCUCCCCAGAUCCUCAGGACAGCGCAGCUCGCAUGUCUUGGAUGACAAAGGUUUGUGAGGCCAAGACUCUCGACGAGCUUGCUAUGCUUGAUGAAGCAACGGCAGAGCGAUGGGUCCACGAAGAUUGGCCCACUCGUCGCAUUCCUUCGUCAUCACUGACAUCACUAUCAUGGCCAUCAUCGAUGGCAUCCAUUCUGGCCUCCUAUCUGUCUCGAGUCAUAAUUGUGCCAUGUUCGCGAGACGUGCUGAGUUUUACUCUCGGCGCAACAAGCACCGGUCUUGCAGUCCUCGCCUGGUCUAUCCGCAAGUAA